AUGGUCAGGGUCACCGAAUCCGGCGCCGUCGCCGCCGCGCGAUGGCUCGGGAAGGGCGAGAAGCGCGCCGCGGACGCCGCCGCGGUGGAGGCCAUGAGCGACGCGCUGCAGCUCGUGCGCUUCGACGGCGUCGUCGUCGUCGGCGAAAAGGAAAAAGACGCCGCGCCUAUACUCCGGAGAGGCGAACGCGUCGGGACGGGCGACGACCCGAGCGUCGACAUCGCGAUCGAUCCGAUCGAGGGGACGUCUCUCGUCGCGCACGGCCGAAACGGCGGCGCGAUCAGCGUCAUCGCGAUCGCGGAGAGAGGCGCGAUGUACGACCCCGGCGAGAUUUUUUACUUCAACAAACUCGCCGUGGGGCCGCGGUGCGUCGACGUCGUCGACAUCCGCAAAUCGCCGACGCUGAACAUCCACGCGAUCGCCAAGGCGCUGAAGAAGUCCGUGGGCGACGUCACGUGCGUCGUCCUCGAUCGACCACGGCACGAGGGCCUCAUCGAAGAGAUCAGACUCGCGGGCGCGCGCAUCAAGCUCAUCUCCGACGGCGACGUGGAAGCCGCCGUCGCGUGUUGCGAUCCCGACAGCGGCGUCGACGCGCUUUUCGGCGUCGGCGGCACCCCCGAGGGCGUCAUCGCUGCGGCCGCGAUGCGAUGCAUGGGCGGCGCGAUUCAAGCGGAGCUGUGGACGCGGAACACCGCGGACGCGGCGGCGAUCGCGAAGUGCGGCGGCGACCUCGGGAAGGUUCUGCACACGAAGGAUCUGUGCGGCGGGUCGGAGUGUUUCUUCGCCGCGACGGGCAUCACCGACGGGAGCCUCCUGAAGGGCGUGCGGUUCACGAGCAAAGGACCGGUCUCGCACUCGAUCGUGAUGCGCGCGCCGAGCGGGACGGUGCGGGAGCUCACGACGCGGCAUCACGCGCACGCGUGA